AUGCCCUUUUCGCCCCUUUCAUUCCUUCCUCUUGCUGCUAAAAUUGCGUAUUGGCUUUCUGAAUCUGUUCCUACAGGAUUGAAGUCGGAGUCCAUUAGGAAAUUGGCUGGGCGUGAUGUGGCUUCUGGAAAAGAUGGAUUACCAUGUGGCUCAACAUCAUUCAGUUGCUUUUCACGGGAUGCUACUUCUAAUACCAAAGGUGAAGUAGAUGGUAAUUCUAGUAUCAAAUGGGAGACUGACCAAGAGUCUGUUGGAGACCUCGAGUAUAAUGGAUCCUUCACACAAUUGGAUGAUCAUGGUUAUUUUCAAGCAGAUGGAUCUCAUAUCGUAUUGUAUCGGUUGAUCACAUCAGGGAUGCAAUCAGACAAUGGAUCACUAGUCUAUUAUUUACCUGGCUAUAAUCCAUAUGCUUCUGGGGCAGUGAAGCCAUGCCUUGCUAUUCAUGGGAUUCAGUAUAUUUUAGUGAUGUCUCAAAUGGCAAUACUGGUUCUCAAAAUGGAAAAUAUGGAUCAGCUUCUACUUUUGCCAACUGCCAAGUCCAGUGGUUUUAACUCUAUGAAGUCUAAUGACAAUACUGCUGGCAAAUCCUCUAAGUCUACAAAUACACAAGCAAUCAGACCUUUAAACAAGGUGUCUGCAUUGGGUUAUGAUUUCUCAGCAGGUCUCUCGAAAGGAUACCAUCCUGUAGGAAAUUUGCCUCCUUUUUCUAUCCAAAAACAUGGUCCAUUCCCGCAUAAUUGUCCUAUGAACUAUAGACAGAACGGAAGGAUAUGGAAUGGAAAUGAUAGAAAUAAAUCUGGAGACAGAUUCUAUAAAAACAGUGAUUUUGAAACCUCAAAUGAACUAACUUCUGGUCCUAGGGGCUCUAACAAAUUUCCUUCUCUGGAGACUGCUGUCAAGGAAGACUUGGGAAUCACUGUACAAAGAGAUCAGUAUAACAAGCCAGAUUUUGAAACGAAGUACGCAGAUGCUAAGUUCUAUGUUAUCAAAUCUUACAAUGAAGAUGACAUUCAUAAGAGCAUUAAAUAUGAUGUAUGGGCAAGCACUCCAAAUGGCAAUAAGAAGUUAGAUGCAGCAUUCCAUGAAGCAGAACAGAGAUCUUGA